UUUAGAGACCCCAGCAUGGUUGCAGACAGGAAGUGGCCAAAGGAGGAAGUGCAAGAACGAGCGAAAGCAGAAGGGUUGGAAGAUGCGGGAGCCGAGUCGGAGCUGACUGGCUCCACCAAGGGGGGCCCGGGCAAAGUCAAGAUGCACGGGUUCCUGUUCUUCCUCUUCCUUUUCCAGCUUGCAGGCUCAUCUGAUAUCUCGGGUCCAGAAGCAGUCAGAGGCCUGGUGGGGGGCUCACUGACAGUGCAGUGUCACUAUGUACAAACGUGGAAAAAGAGCAAGAAGUGGUGGUGUCGAGGAGCCAACUGGGGAAACUGCCGGAUCCUUGUUAAAACCGAUGGGUCAGAGCAGGAGGUACAGAGAAAAAAUGUGUCCAUCAAGGACAAUCAGGAAAACCUCAUUUUCACUGUGACCAUGGAGAAGCUCAAGCAAACUGAUGCAAAUAUUUACUGGUGUGGGAUUGAGAGAUAUGGAACUGACCUUGGGGUCGAAGUCAAAGUGACCGUCCACCCAGCACCAACUACAGUGUCAACCACCAGCUCAAAUGCCCACAUGUCCACAACGCCAGCAGAGACCAAAGGCCCCCCGACUAUGACCAGCCACCACUACGAUGGCAGUGCUGACUCCAUUAACCUCAGCAUCCUGCUUCCCCUCAUCUUUGCCGUGUUGCUGUUUCUCCUGGUGGCGGCCUCACUCUUGGCUUUGAGAAUGAUGAAGCAGCAGAAGAAAGCUGCUGAGCCAUCCCCAGGGCAGGUGAUGCAGCCGCUGGAGGGGGACCUCUGCUAUGCAAACCUGACCCUACAGCCAACCGGAACCUCCCACGGCUCCUCCCAGAAGAAGGCCUGCACAAAGCCCUCCUCCUCUGCCCUGGAAAACCAGCAGGAAGUGGAUUAUGUCACCAUGGCCCCCUUUCCGAAGGAGAACAUUUCCUAUGCGGCUCUGUCUUGGGAGCUUUUGGAUCAGGAGCCAACCUACAGCAACACAGACGUCCUCGUCACCCACGUUCCCAGAAGGAACCCUGAGGAGUCCAUGGAAUAUAGCACCAUAAGGAAGCCUUAGCCUAAGCUCCAGGCCCCCCUCUCCAACCCCACACAAGGCCUGUGAACAUGUUCCUGUUUUGUCUGCUUUCUGUCCCCAGUCACUUCAUGGGGACUAAAUGGUGACUGAAGCCUUGGUCUGGUCCAGCUAGCGUCACUUCCAGUUCCAUCUGGGUUCAGGGCCUGGUCUCAAGGGACUCUAGAGAGGUAGACGGGAGUCUCUCUACAUCCUUUUUCCUCUCACACGACUUGGGAGGGGCUUAGGGAUAGGCUCUGGAGCUGCCAAGGGAGUAAUAAAGAUAAUGAUAAUAGUAAUAAUUAACCUUUAUUUAUUGCCUACCACAUAUGGUGGGCUGAAUAAUGGCCCCCAAAGUUAUCUAUGUCCCCAUCCCCAGAACCUGGGAACAUGGCAAAGGAGCUACGUGGCUGUGUGAAGUUGAGGAUUUUGAGAUAGGGAGAGUAUUCUGGAUUAUCCAGGUAGGCCCUAAAUAUAAUCACAAGGCUCCUUGUAAGAGGGAGGCAAGAAGGUCACAAGAAGAGAAGGUGGCAGAUGACAGAAGCAGAGGUUGGAGAGAUGUGACCAGCAGCCUCCAGGAGCCAGAAAGGGCAAGCAGUGGAUUCUCCCUUGGAGCCUCUAGAAGGAACCAGCCUGCCAACACCCUGACUUUAUAGUCCAGUGAAACAGACUUUGUAAUCCUGGCCUUCAGAAUUGUAGGAGGAUAAAUUGGCAUUGUGUUAGUGGA